AUGCAGAAUUCCUCAGCGUUUAGCGUCGAUUCCUUAAUGGGGAAGAAAUCCCUCGACCCUAAGACAGCUGAUCUGGAGAAAGAGAACGAACGAAAGUCGGCAUUUUCUGUGGCUCCGCCAUUGCCAAAGCGUGAGUUUCCUCCGAGUGUAUGUCACUGCCAACCCUGUCAGCAAACAGCCGUAUCAGGUUACACCGCCAUUAGCCAGCCUGUACCACCAGAGCCACGCUUCAUGCCCUUGCAAUCCAUGGCAGGCGCUGUUUCAGUGCCUCCCUCAGUUUAUCUGCCUAAAAGUAAGUAACCUUUUUCUACUUGUAAAGCGAUUUCUUCUUACCAUUUUCCGUCCGUUUUCACUGCACACGAAGCUCUUAAACUAGUCUUUAAACAAAGAAUCAAUACAUUUCUUUUCUCAAUGAAAGUUCUCUACAACCGUUUCAGGUUUUAAAACAUGAACCCCCCAAAAUUCUUUCUGUUCUUUCAUUUUACUCUUAAAACAACGUCUUCAAGUGUCCUUUCGCGUUGUCAUGAAAGUGGCCGGUUUUACUUUUGCUAGGUAAGGUUAAUUUUUAGUUCCGCUCGAGUUGCCAACGGCGCAAUAAAAGAAUAUACUAUGUGUAUCAAAUUGGAUUUUUAUAACCAGACACUCUUUUUUUGUCAGUACAUUUGCAAAACGCUGUCUUUUUUUGCCUGUUUCUUUUCUCAGUAAUAGAAAAACGACAUUCAAUACAAGAAAUGAACCAAGAAACAAAAAAUAUACCAUUUUUUCGUUGGAAAAUAAAGUUGGAAAAUAAAGUUAAAAAUUCUGGGUACAUUUUAUCUUAACAUGAAAAAACCAUUCUAUAUUCUCUCUAUUUUACCUUAGUAGUCAUCUUUAGGAAACAAUCUUAAUGAAUUAAACGAGAAUGUAUUUUGUUUCUACACUUUUUCUAAUCUAGCCUUUUCAGUGCACUAACGAUUUUUUUACAUUUCUGAUUAAUUGGUCAUAGACUAAAUAUGAAAGAAUAAAACUGGACUACAAAUUAUAAGCAAGAAAUUACGGGCACUAUCGGCUGCUUUCUUUAAUUUGCCAACUGUAUAUAUCGCUAAGUUAAACGUUAAAUUGUUCGUUUAUCACAAUCAUUGGCCUAACCGAUACACGAAACCAAAAGCCUACUAAAUGAGAUGUAGCUCCAUAAUCAACCCUUUUUACUUGAAUGUAUAUCUAGUUUAAUCGAACAUUUUAUUGAGAGCACUUGAUUUUGAAGUGAGAGCUUCAGUAUUUUGUAGAUUUUGCGAUCAAACUGCUUUAAAGUUUGUAAUUUUUGGUCUCACAGAAUUUUCUUAGGGUGUGGUUUAGGCUAAAAAUAUUAAUUCUAAGGUAUCAUUUCUGAAAAUAGUCUUACGAAUGAGAAUUUUGUUGUGAUUUCUUGAAUGCCUCGAAUUCUAACUGCAAAAUCCGGUAAGUUAACGUCUUUUUAACUCUCCUGAACAUUACAUAUGCCCCAAAGGUUUCCACAAAGAUUUCAGAACCGUCCUCAGCCCACUCGAACAGUCAGAAAACGAGUUUAACAGCUCUCAUCAAUAAAAUUUCAUCUUAAUUUUAAUCGCGUCUAAAAGCACAGGAAACGGGCGAGCAAUCAAACGGUUAGUUUAACAGUUGGACUCCCGGUAACGCGAAAUUUAUAUAGUGUAUUCUAAUUGUUUCAAAAGUGUAUGUUACAGGAAUUUCACGGUCAUUUAAGUUCAAAGUUCUUAGAGUGUUUGACUAACAUCGAUAACUGAUCGAUUUUAUGCCUCAAAGCCAUGAUUUUAAUCUUUGAGUGUCUAAUAUAGAUGCUACAUUUUGAUCCAACUUAAAGGUUAUACUGACAAAACGGUGCGUUAUAUUUGAGGUCAAUCGUUUCACGUAAACAUAGCAAUUACUGGGAUAGUCAAGAAAAAGAAACAACUCUUUCUGAUUCCCCUUUUCGUUAAAGAAUAGUCUUUGCAUCCUGAGAACAGUUUUAAAGAUGACAGAUGACGCAAUGACGUCUUGUUUUUAAUUCCAAGGUCAGGAAGGGACGGUUUUGUUUGUAAAAAAGACUCUUUAUCGGGUUUCUGCGCGCUUUCUUAAAGAACCAUUAACGCGCGUGCUUGUAAACAAAAGCGAACACACACCGUUUCUCAUCGAUAUAAUUAAGUGGCGACUUUUUGUUGUUUCUCUCCUUGUUUUACUGUAGAUAAUGGAAAGUUGAAAAUUNUAGUAGUCAUCUUUAGGAAACAAUCUUAAUGAAUUAAACGAGAAUGUGUUUUGUUUCUACACUUUUUCUAAUCUAGCCUUUUCAGUGCACUAACGAUUUUUUUACAUUUCUGAUUAAUUGGUCAUAGACUAAAUAUGAAAGAAUAAAACUGGACUACAAAUUAUAAGCAAGAAAUUACGGGCACUAUCGGCUGCUUUCUUUAAUUUGCCAACUGUAUAUAUCGCUAAGUUAAACGUUAAAUUGUUCGUUUAUCACAAUCAUUGGCCUAACCGAUACACGAAACCAAAAGCCUACUAAAUGAGAUGUAGCUCCAUAAUCAACCCUUUUUACUUGAAUGUAUAUCUAGUUUAAUCGAACAUUUUAUUGAGAGCACUUGAUUUUGAAGUGAGAGCUUCAGUAUUUUGUAGAUUUUGCGAUCAAACUGCUUUAAAGUUUGUAAUUUUUGGUCUCACAGAAUUUUCUUAGGGUGUGGUUUAGGCUAAAAAUAUUAAUUCUAAGGUAUCAUUUCUGAAAAUAGUCUUACGAAUGAGAAUUUUGUUGUGAUUUCUUGAAUGCCUCGAAUUCUAACUGCAAAAUCCGGUAAGUUAACGUCUUUUUAACUCUCCUGAACAUUACAUAUGCCCCAAAGGUUUCCACAAAGAUUUCAGAACCGUCCUCAGCCCACUCGAACAGUCAGAAAACGAGUUUAACAGCUCUCAUCAAUAAAAUUUCAUCUUAAUUUUAAUCGCGUCUAAAAGCACAGGAAACGGGCGAGCAAUCAAACGGUUAGUUUAACAGUUGGACUCCCGGUAACGCGAAAUUUAUAUAGUGUAUUCUAAUUGUUUCAAAAGUGUAUGUUACAGGAAUUUCACGGUCAUUUAAGUUCAAAGUUUUUAGAGUGUUUGACUAACAUCGAUAACUGAUCGAUUUUAUGCCUCAAAGCCAUGAUUUUAAUCUUUGAGUGUCUAAUAUAGAUGCUACAUUUUGAUCCAACUUAAAGGUUAUACUGACAAAACGGUGCGUUAUAUUUGAGGUCAAUCGUUUCACGUAAACAUAGCAAUUACUGGGAUAGUCAAGAAAAAGAAACAACUCUUUCUGAUUCCCCUUUUCGUUAAAGAAUAGUCUUUGCAUCCUGAGAACAGUUUUAAAGAUGACAGAUGACGCAAUGACGUCUUGUUUUUAAUUCCAAGGUCAGGAAGGGACGGUUUUGUUUGUAAAAAAGACUCUUUAUCGGGUUUCUGCGCGCUUUCUUAAAGAACCAUUAACGCGCGUGCUUGUAAACAAAAGCGAACACACACCGUUUCUCAUCGAUAUAAUUAAGUGGCGACUUUUUGUUGUUUCUCUCCUUGUUUUACUGUAGAUAAUGGAAAGUUGAAAAUUGUUAAUGGGCAGCUCAUUAUGGGAAAAACAUGUUAAAUUUUUCACAGCUUUCGCGGAUGAUGGCAAGCUACUUAAUAGGUUAAAAGUUAUAGGCAACACACUAAUAGCAUUUGUUCCAUCUAAUUAUUGUAUCGUUUCCCCUAUACUUGAAACAAACAGAUUCUUCGUCUUUCUUCUCGAUAUUAAGCCCCUUAAUUUUCCCUGUAUUGGACAAUAGUCCCAAAGAGCUCUCACUGUUUUUACAUUUCCGGAUGCAAAANAUCUUAAUUUUAAUCGCGUCUAAAAGCACAGGAAACGGGCGAGCAAUCAAACGGUUAGUUUAACAGUUGGACUCCCGGUAACGCGAAAUUUAUAUAGUGUAUUCUAAUUGUUUCAAAAGUGUAUGUUACAGGAAUUUCACGGUCAUUUAAGUUCAAAGUUCUUAGAGUGUUUGACUAACAUCGAUAACUGAUCGAUUUUAUGCCUCAAAGCCAUGAUUUUAAUCUUUGAGUGUCUAAUAUAGAUGCUACAUUUUGAUCCAACUUAAAGGUUAUACUGACAAAACGGUGCGUUAUAUUUGAGGUCAAUCGUUUCACGUAAACAUAGCAAUUACUGGGAUAGUCAAGAAAAAGAAACAACUCUUUCUGAUUCCCCUUUUCGUUAAAGAAUAGUCUUUGCAUCCUGAGAACAGUUUUAAAGAUGACAGAUGACGCAAUGACGUCUUGUUUUUAAUUCCAAGGUCAGGAAGGGACGGUUUUGUUUGUAAAAAAGACUCUUUAUCGGGUUUCUGCGCGCUUUCUUAAAGAACCAUUAACGCGCGUGCUUGUAAACAAAAGCGAACACACACCGUUUCUCAUCGAUAUAAUUAAGUGGCGACUUUUUGUUGUUUCUCUCCUUGUUUUACUGUAGAUAAUGGAAAGUUGAAAAUUGUUAAUGGGCAGCUCAUUAUGGGAAAAACAUGUUAAAUUUUUCACAGAUUUCACCGAAGGCGGCAAGCUACUUAAUAGGUUAAAAGUUAUAGGCAACACACUAAUAGCAUUUGUUCCAUCUAAUUAUUGUAUCGUUUCCCCUAUACUUGAAACAAACAGAUUCUUCGUCUUUCUUCUCGAUAUUAAGCCCCUUAAUUUUCCCUGUAUUGGACAAUAGUCCCAAAGAGCUCUCACUGUUUUUACAUUUCCGGAUGCAAAAACUUUCCACUGGAACAUAUUUUCCAAUUCCCACAUUAUAAACGAAAAAUCUGUUGAAACCAUUUGAUUCUUCCUAAUGUGACACGCUUAAAAAUUUUCAGAAAAUAGAGUUCAGAUUAGGUUCAGUUUUAAGCAAGGAAAGUUAUUGCUUCAAGUUCCGGACUGUCAUACGAAAAGCUGAAACGAUCAUUUAGUGUUUAAUUGUCAAUGAACAAGAGAGGAUAACUUAGUAAAUAAAGUUUUUUGGCUUUUUGAUACAAGAGUCAAAACAAAAUCAUUAACUAACUUUCGAACUUAGAUUAUAGAUUACUCCUUCUCGAGUGAACAGUUUCCUUCAAAAGCUCUUUCUCUCCCUCUCUAUUUUCUUUCGUCUUAUCUGUUUUUAUUUUCGUGUAUUUUCUUUUCCCUGUUGGAUUCUUUCCUUCCCUUCUUCUUGUCGUUAGCUUCUGCCUCGCGAGGUUCUGCGAUUUACGUAUUUCUAGUAAAGAGAGGGCAAGAGAGAAUUCCGCUUUCUCAGGGAGGAGCAACACUUUUAGAUGAGAAAACCGAUAACGUGAGGCCAUGUCACGCCCGGUUGUCUAGUUCAUUUUGUUAUUAAUGUUAAUUGGGCGUCCUUCUUCCCUAGGAACUUGAGAAACCAGUUACUUGUGAAUGACAAAAUCAUUACAUCUUUCUUGUACAGCAAAUAUGUCUCCCACGCGUUAUAAAGAACGUUACAUACAACAAAGAUGACCCCUUGAAAAAAAUGUUGGGCUCUAACAUCUUUUUAAAAAAAACGAAAAUUGCAAUCCGUUUCAAUCUUCCUAAAGUUUGUCCAUCUGUGUCUCCUAUUGUAUUUGCUGUGUUAUUUACAGGAGUUAUUUUUAUUUUUUUACUCAGUUCGGUGGUUUUAACAGAUUUUUCGUUUAUAAUGUGGGAAUUGGAAAAUAUGUUCCAGUGGAAAGGUUUUGCUGAUAAGUUUCGUGAGACAGCAGAACAGCUGAAUGCAAGGGCGAAGGUCUAUCUCAAUGGGGUAAAAAAUACAUCAUCAGUCGUCAAAAGGCCUAAAAUUUAACCGUUAACCGUCGAAAAAGGUAAUUUUUCACCGUCAACUGUGAAAAAUGAAGAAUAAUAUUUAUCGUAAAAAUUUUUCUAGGUAUUUCAAAUAUCAGAAUUUCAGCUGAUCUUCACGGACUUCUAACUCCUCAUGAAUCUCUAAAGCGGGAAAAACAGUCUCCAUGUUCUCAGAAACACACUCUGGACGUAACAAAACCUUAAAAACUUCGGCUUAUAUUUAAUUAUAUUUCGAAUUUCUAUAAGUGAAAGGCCAAGAUAACCUUCAAUACACAACAGUUAAAUUAAACCGUCAAUCGUCAAAAUUGGCAAAAAUGAACCGACAACCUUUAAAGCUACCACCCCAUUGAGACACUCAAGGAUGUUUCUGUGAUCCAGUACUCUUAUAUACCUUUAUAGCCAUAGCAAGAGUUACAAAGACUUUACGUUAUCGGAUUUUGCAGUUAAAAUUCGAGGCAUUCAAGAAAUCACAACAAAAUUCUCAUUCGUAAGACUAUUUUCAGAAAUGAUACCUUAGAAUUAAUAUUUUCAAUUAUCGCAGGACGUCUUACGUUUAUAUGUGAGUCGAGCUUCUGUCAUUAUGUUGGGUUUCGACCGUGUUCGGAGGCAGUUUCUCUGAGUUCUUCGGUUUUCUCCACUGACGGUAACCCCCCGGGGACACUCCCUUAUUUGGCCUAAAAGGGUUUGUGGCACUGAACAGGGUAUUGCAUGGUUUUCAGGGUAUUUUAGGCUUACCUCUAGCCAAACUUCUUUUGAACGCCCCACCCCCUCCACCACUACUACCAACACCGGAGUAAACCUCAUCUAAACCCUGUUAUCGUGCUUACUUAAUUUACCGCUUACCGACUCACCGACUUUGAUUCAAGCAGACUUAAAUUUUCUAUUUCAGCUCCUCAAAGACGCAAGAGAAAAGAAAGCAAGUCGAGACGUCAGCGAACAACCUUUACCAGCGAGCAAACACUAAAACUCGAGCUCGAAUUCCAUCAGAACGAGUACAUAACACGCUCGAGACGUUUCGAACUCGCCGCUUGUCUCAGCUUAACGGAAACACAGGUGAAAAUAUGGUUUCAAAAUCGCCGCGCAAAAGACAAGCGAUUGGAAAAAGCUCAAAUGGACCAGCAGCUAAGAAUAGCAAGUUACGCAGCCGGUGCUGGAAUCACAUAUCCCCCUUCUUACUUCAAUUACUACUCUACCCACUAUUACAAGAACAAUCCCAGCGUUCCACAGGUGCCUGGUUCUAUCGGCCAAAGAGUUGUCUAA